CCCUUUUCCAGUGCUGAUGAACUUUGCGUUCCGCACCCCAUGUUGAGGCUGGCAUGCGCCGUUAGGGUCACAGUGUGUAGUUUGGGAGGCAAGGGGCUGGCAGGGCGAACUGUUGCGGCAAGUGGGGUGAACGUACAGGUACAGAGAACAGCAGCAGCCAUGCCGAGCGCUAAGAAGAAGGCGGUGAUAUUUGAUAUGGGGGGAGUCCUGGUGACCCCGCCUCAGUGGGCCAUCAACAGCUAUGAGAAGUCACUGGGACUGCCCAGGAUGUUCAUACAGGGAGUCAUGAUGAAGGGGAUGCCAGACAACGCCUUCAGUCAGCUGGAGAGGGGGGAGCUCACCCUAUCACAGUUUUUCUCAGCGUUUACUGCAGAGCUGCAGCAGGCUGCAGGGGAAGCAGGCAUGGAGCUGCCGGCAGACUUCAGCACCCAGGAGAUGUUUGAGAAGAUGCAGGGGGGAGAGGUCGUCGGGGUCAUGGUCCGGGCCGUCAGGAACCUGCGCAAACAUGGUAAGAUGCAGGAAAGAGAGGAGGUCGGGGUGAUGAUCCGAGCUGUCAGGAACCUGCGCAAACAUGGAGUGAAGACCUGCAUCCUGACCAACAACUGGGUAGACGACACGCCCGGGCGGGAGGGGCGGGCCGCCUCCAUGCUGUUCUUCAGGCGGCUGUUUGACCACGUGGUGGAGUCGUGUCGCGUCGGCCUGCGCAAACCCAGCCCCGAGAUCUUCCACCUCACCUGCCGCAGGGUCGGAGUUCAGCCACAGGAGGCCGUGUUCCUGGAUGACAUCGGGACGAACCUGAAGUCCGCCCGGCAGCUGGGCAUCACGACCAUCCUGGUGCGAGACUUUGAUAAGGCAGUGAGGGAGCUGGAGGAGGCAGUAGGACUGGAGCUGACCAGGUUCCCUCCCCCAGCUGUGGCCUGCAAGCCUGAGGAGGUUCCUCACUGCUACAUCACACUCAAGACCGGCAUUAAGCUCCACUAUGUGGAUGUAGGAGACGGGCCGGUGGUCAUUCUUCAUAAAACUUGGUCGCAUCAGCAAAAAUCUAGGCGCACCACUGUAAAAGGUUGGGAGCACAAGCAAAAGUCUUUGCCAUAA